AUGUCGGACCUUGGCUUAGAAAAUUCAGACCAAACCCUUCAGGAAAGGGAAGAAGAUCUCGAGGAUGGAGGUGACUUAGACACCGAGGAACUAUUAGCCGCGAUGGCUGAGAAUUCUUCUGUUUGUCCUGCUGCUUUAAAAUGUAGAGUACCAGGAAAACCUACAAAAUAUUACCAUCAUUUUUCAGAAGUCCCCUCCGAAGAGAUAGAGGACGAAGAACUUUUAUUAGAUGAUACUUUAUCGCCUCUCGAGAAAAUAUUCCUAUAUGUGAAGAGCGAUUUGGUAUUUCAUAGAGUGUUCAUUGCAAAGGAACUGCCAUCACUGAUAAAAGACGUGGAAAUCAACGAGGCUGUUGAAUAUGUACUGCCUUUGAUGAAUUCAUUAGGAACAGAUCCUGAGGAUCAUGUACGCGAAGCAUUUACUCCUGAAUUGGAUAAAAUCAUAUGGUUUUAUUAUUCACAUUGCCCACUAAGAGAUACGAUAGAUAAUAUUCUGAUUGAUAAUGCUUUAACACCAAGACCUUUGACCCCACAAAGACCUCAAACACCCCAAAGACCCUCAACACCUCAGAGGCCACAAACUCCGAUUCAACAAUCAUUUCCAUCACAACCACCAACUCCGACUAACCAUAUGCCAUAUCUUUCACCAGCUGCUUUUACCCCUCUACUUCAUGCAUUGCUUCUUGAUCAAAAUACUGGUAUUGCGCAAGCAGCUCAAAAUGCUAUACAAUCUUUAGUUGAGAGAAUACUAGAGGAACCAGAUAUUAAUUAUAAGGAAAAGGAAUUACUAGAAAGAGAAACUUUAGAGGGUGUUGUUUUAGGAAUAGGUCGUCUUGAUCAAGAGAAAGCAAAAAGAGAGGAAUUAAAUGAAUUGGAAGAUGGUGACGAUGCAAGUGUUGGUGCUGUUACUGGUAUUGAAGAAGAAGUUGAACUGGGCCGAAUGACAAUGAUGUCGUUGAUAUCAUCUUUAGCGCCAAUCGUUGGUCCAGAAAGGUGUAUCCGCUUAUUUAUACCUGAAUUGGACAAAAUGAUAGAAGAACCUGUAUUCUAUGUACGGAAGGAAGCGGCCUUAGCAAUUGGGAGUUUAGCUAGUGUAUUACCUUUGAAUAUAAUAACCUCAAAAUUGUUGCCUAUAUACGACCAUUUCUCAACCGACACUAUAUGGCAUGUACGUCGGUCUUGCUGCUUAGUCCUACCGACAUUAUGCUCAAAACUUCCUGAAGAAAUGAAAUCGGAUCGAGCUGUGAAAGGAAUUGAAUUAUUUGCUGGUGAUGUUAGUCGUAGUGUACGUUCUGCGGCUGGUGAAAUUAUCGGGGAAUUAAUUGCUACUUUUCAACCUAAUGGCAAAGUUCCUGAAAGUUUAAUACAACAUUUUUUAAGCCUUGGACCUGUUAGGGAAAGCAAUAUUGGUAACGGUGUUACUGGUAGUACAUAUAAUGGUAAUAUUGGACAGAAGGAUCCGGAGCGUCCGGUUAUAUGUGCAUUUAAUUUUCCCGCUAUCGUUUUGACAUUGGGGGAAAGUCGUUGGGAUGAUUUAAAAGAUACUUAUAUUUCCUUGACUCGAGAUAUGCAGAUUAAAGUACGAAGAUCUUUAGCUUGUUCGCUUCACGAGAUAGCAAAAGUCAUUGGCCCAACGAAAACAGAAAGCGAUUUACUUCAUGUUUUUACAUAUUAUUUGGAUGAUAUUGACGACGUUAAGUCUGGAAUUAUAGAGCAUCUUGCAGCUUUUAUCGAAUGUUUACCACAAUCCACCCGCAACAAUUAUUUGCCAUCGUUAAAUGAUGUUUGGGAUGGCGUUAAACAUCAUUGGCGGCUGAGAGAUGAGAUCACUAAGCAAAUACCUGCAUUAUGUCAAUUAUUUGACGGACAAUGCGUAUUAAAUCAUAUAUUACCGUUGACGAUACGUGCAAUUAAAGAUGAAGUAGCUAAUGUGAGAGAAACUGCGGUUGCUAGUUUUCCGACUCUUUUUGAAGCUGUACGCAACGAUAAAUCAUGUCUUCAUAAGAUGAUCAAUUAUGUGUGUGAUUUUGUUUCUGAUACCGGAUUUCGAGGCAGAGUGGUUUAUGUACAAAUAUGUAGUGCUCUCAUUUCCACAGAAUUUUCAAAAGCAGAUUUUGAAAAAUAUUUUUUACAUGGUUUGGAAAAACUUUCGUCAGAUAACGUGGUAAAUGUUAGGAUUGCAUUAGGGAGACUUGUUGGGGAACUUUGCCAACUAGAGCAAUUUUAUCAAGACCCGACAACUCGUCCUUCAAAUAUAAUUUACUUAAUUAAUAAACUUGCUGAAGAUUCAGAGGCCGAUGUAAGUAAUUUCGUGCUCCCACUUCUAUCACCUGAAGAAAGGUUAAAAUUCAUAUCAUCUACCAUACAAGCGAUGGCUGAAAGUGUUGAGAAUGGUCGGGUGUCUAUUAAUGUGAAGGAUGAUUCGUUAGAGGUUGUCAGGCCAAAGUCACAAGAGUUUGUAGAGGCAACACCUUUAAAUAUAGGU